AUGGUGGAUCUGGCACGAGCACGACUAGCGAAAUCGCUGGGUUUAGAGAGUGUCCAGUGCGUGGAAGCAGAUGCGGCCUCAAUGCCUUUUGACGCAGAGACCUUCGAUGCUGUUGCGUGCAGCUUCGGUGUCCUUCACCUUCCUGAGCCAGAGGCCUUUUUCACCGAGGCUUUGCGAAUUCUGCGGCCGGGUGGCCGUCUCGGCUUUACGGUUUGGGCGCCCACUCCAUCCACAGAGGCGCUCGCACUUGUGCACACAGCAGUCCAGCAGCACGGAAACCCAAACGUUCCCUUGCCAGAAGCACCUCCUUUCUUCCGCUUUGCAGAUGCAGCAGAUACUGCUCGGACACUUUCUGCGGUGGGAUUUGCGGAGAUUGUGUCCAAGCAGGUUGCAAUGUGCUGGGAGGUGAAGGAUGCAAGGGAGACGUUUGUGGCUUUCCGGGAUGGCACUGGGCGCACAGCUGCACUGUUGGCGGGCCAAUCCCCUGAGCAGCUACAGGCAAUCGAGGCCGCCAUAACUGAGGGAACAGAGGCAAAACGGAGCGGUCCCGACCAAUCUUGCCGCCUCCAGAUGCCUUGCAUAUUGACUCUUGCCACCAAACGCUGA